AUGAUGGAGUGUACCAUCAUAGAGAAGUCUUCCAAGAGUGCGAAAAAUCCAUUUUCUCCAGAGGAAGAUCGAAAAUUAACCCAAUUAGUGAAGUUUUUCUCCCGUAAAAAAGACAUAAACUGGACUUAUAUUUCCCAACAAAUGCAGACACGAAACGCCAGACAAUGUAAAGAUAGAUGGACUAAUUACCUUGAUGCAAGGGUGAAUAGAAAGGAUUUUACUCCCGAAGAAAAUUAUUUUCUGCUUGUUAAAGUUGAAGAAUUAGGAAGAAAAUGGGAGAAAAUUGCAUCAAUGAUGAAUAAUAGAACAGAUGUUAGUUUGAAGUCUCAAUAUAGAAAAUUGAUGAGACGACAUGCAUCAAGAGAAAACGUAUUUAACCUCUGUAUGGAAGCGUACUCAACAAGAAGGAAAGCAAAUCGUCAAAAUGUUGAACCAGAAUCUGCUAGGAUAACAGAUAGAUCUGAUGUAAAAUUAAAUGAAAUGAAUUUUGAUAUUGGCGAUUUUGAUUCAUUUGAUUUUGAUAAGACUGGGUUGGAAUUAAUAUAA